AUGGCCGCCGCCGCCAUUGCAGAUCUUCGGCACGGGUAUCAAGCCCGUAGAGAGAUCGAGGUCGACAUGGCACGUACAGCGUGCUUCUUGAUAUCGGCCUAUCUCACGACAGUCGACGGCAUGGAUAAGGCCCACCCCAAUGUGAAAUCCAAAAUUCCAGAUACCGACUUGAACCAAGCGCAGUCCAUCCUCUACAGGCGUCUCUCGGCGAACCUGUACGAAACCAAGAAUGCCGGCGAAUACUACCACCUCCACGGGUCACUCGAGGCUUCCAAGGCCCUGAACAUGAUCGGCCUGCCCGCUUUCAACCCAGAGCUUCAGGGCUACGACGAGUGUAUCAAGAUCAUCGAGGCCGCGAUGAAACGCUUCACUGGGCAAGAACUGGACGACAUGAACCGCAAAGAAGGCCAGGCCGGGGUUCCAGUGCUCAAGAAGGAACAGUUUCUAGACACGCCGCACGGCAAAGCGCUCGAGCAACUUCCACCCCUGACCGUCAAGUCGAUCGAGUCCACCACGCCACCAGCCCCCUUCGAGUCCCAGCACAGCACUUCGCGGGCCGAGCAGUGCCUCAGCGGAAUUAGGGUACUGGAACUCUGUCGUGUCAUAGCUGGCCCAACCAUCGGCCGUUCUUUGGCGGCCCACGGCGCUUCGGUCCUCAAGGUGACCUCAUCACAACUUCCAGACGUCCCCUUUUUCCAGGUAGAUGUCAACACCGGGAAGCAUACCACUUCCCUACACCUGAAAGACCCGAAAGACCGCGCCACAUUCGACUCGCUCCUCGCCAGCGCGGACGUCAUCCUGGACGGCUACCGACCAGGCGUUGUGGACCGUCUGGGCUACGGGCCCGAAAAACUGGCCGCCAUUGCCGCAAAACGCGGCAAGGGCUUCGUGUACGUCGCAGAAGACUGCUUCGGCGGAUCGGAGUUGGGCGUGGCGGAGGCGGAGUGGGCGGGGCGCCCGGGAUGGCAGCAAAUCGCGGACUGCGUCACCGGCGUCGCUUGGGAACAGGGUCACUUCAUGGGUCUAGACGCGCCCGUUGUGCCCCCCUUUCCCAUGUCCGACUAUGGCACCGGCGCCCUGGGCGCCGUUGCCGCAAUGGCGGGCUUGUACAGGCGCGCGACGGAGGGUGGCUCGUGGGCCUGCCGGACCAGCCUGUGCCAGUACGACAUCUUCCUCCUGUCGUUGGGCGCGUAUUCGCCCGAGGUCCAGGCCCGCCUGCGCAAGACGCACGACCCGGCCUUCUUCGACCUCAAGCACCACGACUCCGUGGACGAGGUCAGCAAGCGGGCCCUGCGCAGUGUGAAGCGUCUCCAUCCAGGCCUUUUCUCGGAGGAUCUGAUGCACACCGCGUGGAGCCAGGGGUUUGGUGCGGAGGUGAGGUGGCCGAGGGAGGCCGUGAGGGUUGAGGGGCUGCAGGUCGGGCACAGCCGGGCUUCGAGGCCUAACGGGGCCGAUGCGCCUUCGUGGGAGGAUUGGGAGGUACAAGAUGAAAUUGUCAGGGCAUGGUGA